AUGUUAUCAAGAGGAUCUUCCACUGUCAAGAUAGGGCCUUCAUCAUUGGCAUUAUUCGCAUUACCGCCAUUAAAUCCCACGCUCGAGCGGAAAAAUAUCCGACGUAAAUUGAAACGUAAAGGAAUAAAAGGAUUCAUCCUUCGUGGUGAACGGGCCGAUGCAGCAGGUAGGAUGCCAUGA